AUGACCGAUUUGUCAAAUAACUGUCUCGAUUGGGUGUCAUCCAGCAGUCCACAUGAUGAAUAUGAACUUAUACAAAGAGUUGGUAGUGGUACUUAUGGAGACGUUUAUAAGGCACGUUAUAUACCAACCGCGUCACUUCGUGCACUUAAAGUUAUUAAACUAGAAGCUGGCGAUGAUUUCAAUAUUAUUCAACAAGAAAUAUUAAUGAUGAGACAAUGUACACAUCCAAACAUAAUUGCUUAUUUUGGAAGUUAUUUAAAACGAGACAAAUUAUGGAUUGCCAUGGAAUUUUGUGGCGGUGGUAGUAUGCAAGAUAUUUAUCACAUAAAUGGUCCAUUAAGUGAAUUACAAAUUGCUUAUAUUAUACGUGAAACACUUAAAGGUCUUGAUUAUCUUCACAAACAUGAAAAAAUGCAUCGAGACGUUAAAGGUGCCAAUAUUUUACUAACGGAUGAUGGUAAUGUUAAACUUGCUGAUUUUGGCGUAGCUGCAUCAAUAACAGCAACAUUAUGCAAAAGGAAAUCUUUUAUUGGUACACCAUACUGGAUGGCACCUGAAGUGGCAGCUGUGGAAAGAAAAGGCGGUUAUAAUCAUUUGUGUGAUAUAUGGGCAGUAGGAAUAACUGCCAUAGAAUUUGCCGAAUUACAGCCACCAAUGUUUGAUUUACAUCCAAUGCGUGCAUUAUUUCUAAUGUCAAAAAGUGGCUUUAAACCACCGUCGCUAAAAGAUAAAGCUAAAUGGUCUAUAACUUUUCAAAAUUUUGUCAAAUAUUCAUUAACAAAAAAUCCAAAGAAACGACCAGCCGCUGAUAAAUUACUUGAACAUCCAUUUGUUCAAGGUAAUUUAUCACCUCAAAUUGCACAUGAUUUACUUGAUCGUGUUAGAAAUGGUACAAAUAAUUGUUAUCAAGAUCGAGACGACGAUGAAGAUGAUAGAAAUAAUCGUCAUGCACCAAGAAAAAUAACAUCAAACAAAGAAUCGUCAUCAUCAUCAUCAUCAAAUCAUCGUCCAAUAACAAAUUAUAAUCCACCACUCAUUCGAAGUUCUAUUUUGAAUGAACAAACUUCUUCAAUUUCUCCUUCAGUUCUCCAACCAUCGUCAGAAACAAAUGGAAAUCAGACGGUAUGCGGUCACACUUCAAAGAAGCACGAGAAAAAUGUUAAUUCUAAUCAUAUAAAACGUCUUCGAUCGUUGGGUGUGCCUGAAAAAGAUAUCGAAAGACUAUUACUUAAAUUACCAUUGGGUGCAUUUGAUGAUUUAGCUUUAAAUGAAAUUGAACAUAUUGUCAAUGUAAUGUUACGAGACGUUGAUGAUGAGACUACAGACAGUAUGACAGAAUCAACUAAUACAAUUAAACGUUCUCCACUCCCUCUAACAACUGAAAGUCACACUAACUCUCGAUCACGUUCAAAUCAUCAUAAUCAUCGUAAAAAACAGCAGCAACAACCGGUACCAAUCUAUGAAAAUGUAUCUCCAUUAGAGCUCGAUUCAAAUAAUAAUUCAACACUCAAACGUUCUAGUAUUAUUCAUACAAAUGGCCAUCGUUCUAAACAUAACAGUGAAUCAUCAUCUUCUAUCUCUCAACUUAACAGUGAUUCAAUUUCUUCAAUUAGUAAAGAACAUUUAAAUUAUCAUGAUAAUGAUGAUUCAUCGUUAACAUUAAAAAAAACCUCAUCCUCAACACCGUUACUCAAUGAAUCAAUAUCGUCAACUGAACAUCGAUCAGUAGCAACCAACGCUUCAUCAUUAUCAUCGUCAUCAACUACUGUUACGACAGUGGCAACAAAUGGUAUUCCAUCUGUACCAAAAGUUCAUAUGGGUGCAUGUUUUAUGAAAAUAUUUAAUGAGUGUCCAUUAGAAAUACAUUCGUCUUAUUGUUGGAUAAACAGUGAAACAAGAGAUCAAGUUGUACUGAUAGCUAGUGAAGAAGGCAUAUACUCUUUGAAUUUAAAUGAACUUCAUGAUGCUACACUUGAAUUGUUAUAUCCUCGUCGAACAACAUGGUUAUUUGUCAAAGAUAAUAUUUUAUGGUCAAUAUCAGGCAAAUCGAAUACAUUGUACAGACAUGAUUUAUUGUUGUUGAUGCAUAAUAAAGGCACAGCACGUUUAUCAUUACAAUUAAAUAAAAUACAGAUAGCACAAAAAUUUGAAAAAUUAAUGCCAAAGAAAUUAGCAAUAUCAUCUAAAAUAAACAAUACUCGUGGUUGUCAACGUUGCUGUGUUGGACGUAAUCCUUACAAUGGUUUCUUUUUUCUCGGUGGUCUAUUACAAAAUGAAGUAUUUUUAAUGCAAUAUUAUGAUCCAUUAAGAAAAUUUAUGCAUUUAAAAAAAAUGGACGUAUCAAUCCCAUCUGAACCUCCAAUAUUUGAAAUGUUAUUUUCUCAUGAUAAUAGUUAUGUACAAUUAUGCGUCGGUGUAUCGAAGAGUAAAUCAUCAGCAAACACGUUCAAAUUUGCUUCAGUUAAUUUUGAAACAGAAAAACUAGAAAAUUACAAUGAUGAUUUAUUUCUACCAAAUGUAUCCCAUUUGAUACAAUUGGAAAAGGAUGCCGAAACAGUAUUAGUUUGUCAUGGAAAUAAUAUCACAAUUUGUAACUCGCAAGGUAGACUGCGGACAAAUAGACGAACACUAUCUGAAUUACAUUUUGACUGUGAAGUGCGUUCGUUAGUAUGUUUACAAGACAGUGUACUCGCAUUUCAUAAACAUGGCAUGCAAGGAAGAAGUUUAAAGGACAAUGAAGUAUGUUGA